AUGUUUCAACUUCGUGAACGUUUAGAUUCAUAUCAUUACCACAAGUGCAUAAUUAUACCAGAAAAAGAUGUCUUGGAUGUCGAUAUUGUCGGGACUAAUCGGAUCGCGAACUUCAGACGAUGGUGGAACGACCUCUUUCUACUUUCAUACGAGUGCGAUAAAUACAGGUGUUUCUACACAAGUUCCAACGCACUAAGAAUGGAAAGAUAUAGGCAGUUUCGAAAACACAAAAACUGCAUACAUCCUCUGAGUAAAUUCAGAUAUUACUGGGAUUUCAUAAUACUAUACGUAUUCGUUACUAUCAAAUUCAUUACACGAUUAACCUCCAAUUUUCUCUACGAUCGAUUACCGAUAUCAUUCUACUUACUUGGGGCAUUUUUGGAACUGGUUGUCUUCGCAGGCUUGUACGUGGAUAUGAUUACUGGGUACAUUGACAAAGAAAGUAGAAGAGUCGUCUUAAGUAGGAAAAAAGCGAUACUAAAUUACUGUGAAAGAAAAUUGUUUCUCCACGUUGCGUCAGCUAUUCCUUUGCACUGGUUGAUGUUUCUUAGAUAUGGAGAUAACAUUAACUGCGGUCUUUGUAAGUGUAACAAAUUCAUCUGCGCUCUCAAGAUCCUCGAUUCCUUCAGCUUAUUCCGAGUAAUCGAGACCUCGACCUGCUGGAGCCGCAAGCGGUACUCUAAAGUCAAGGAGAGUCUCUGCAAAUUUCUGAGGAUCGGAACAGUUACUUUCGCCACUCUAAUACAGUUGACUGAACUGAGCGAUGUGUUCACUUUAUUGAUGUUUUUUCAUUAUAAACAAGUUGAUGAGGAAUCCAUAUUGAGCUUCAGAGCGGGAUUAAAGUACGGAUGGAACGGCGUAGGAAACUUUAUGUUUUUUAUGUUUGAUAUCGGCAAAAUGCUGAAGCCGUUAACUCGAAUAACGCAGAUUAACGCAACUGUGGAGCGCUUCGUUUUAGAUAAAUUAUUCUCAUUUUUGGGUUUCAUUAUAACGUAUAUUUUUUACGCUUGGGCUAUGGUGGAGUGCUUCUCUUUCCUUACUUUUGUGAUAUCUGCAGAAAGCCAAAGGAUGACUUCGAAGCAGAAAACUAUGAAUGUAUUAGAAAGUCUUCAAGUGUCUGAUACGUUGAGUGAGAAAGUUUCUGAUUAUUUUAAAUACAAGUCGUCAGCGCUAAGAUUGACUGAAGCUCGAAAUGGACUUUAUGUAGUGCUGCCAACAAUUUUGAAAAACGAAAUAAAUUUAAAUUGUUACUUUAAUAUUAUACUGCGGAUCCCAUUGUUCAGCCAGUGGCCGAUACCAGUGUUAGAACAGUUGACUAUUAUGCUGAAGAGGAAAGAGUAUAUGAUCAACGAUAUGGUGACUGUAGCUAAAGCGUCAGGAGAGGGUCUGAUGAUAGUCCACGACGGAGUGCUGGCAGUCUACUCAAGCACCAACAAGGAGCUAGGGCACCUGAUCGACGGGGACUACUUCGGAGCCUUGUCUCUAGUCACCGACAAAGAAGUUUACAUGACUUAUGUGGUCGCUGUGACAAAUGCUACUGUUCUAUUUUUGAGUAAGAUGGAAUUCAGAAUGUACAUGAAGGAUCACCCACAACUGUUCUAUGGUUUUGAGAUGGAUUUGAAGAAGAGGUAUAGAGAUCGCGCUCGUAAUCAAGCGGACGCGUCGAUUGGUUCAAUACGUUCGCAGUAA